AUUUUGAGGCCUGAGCCAAAGUUCACUGGUCGGACCGGGAGCGGAGCCUGGCGCUGUCGGUGCCCGGUGGCUCCGAGGGGGGGCGGACGCUUCCAGAGGAGACGCGCUGUGGUUGUCCUUGAGACAUGACUGCCCCGGGAUUCGCCGCCUCUAUUCCCACGACAGUGCGAGCGUUGCGCGCAGCGGUGUGACAAGAUGUUGGCCAUUUCUGCCAGACUCCGGCCAAGCAUCGUGAAGCCAUGUCGCCUGCUCAGACCAGUGACACAGAUCCCAGGGAGAAGCCUGGUGCACCAGGAGGGCUUACCAAAGCUGCCCGUGCCCCCCUUAAAGCAGACGUGUGAGCGCUACCUGGCUGCCCUCCAGCCCAUUGUCAGCGAGGAGGAGCUGGAACACACCCGGCAGCUGGUGCAGGAGUUCCUCAAAGGUGGUGUCGGGGAGAGGCUGCAGAAAGGUCUGGAGCGCCGGGCACGCAAGACAGAAAACUGGCUUUCAGAAUGGUGGAUGCAGACGGCCUAUCUGGACUGUCGCAUGCCGGUGGCGGUUUACACCAGCCCGGGGGUCGUCCUGCCCCGCAUGCACUUUCAAGAUCGCCAGGGGCAGAUGAGGUUUGCUGCCAAACUGAUUGCAGGAGUUUUGGAAUUCAAAAAAAUGAUUGACACAAAGACCCUGCCCAUAGAGUACCUGAGUGGGAAGCCGCUCUGUAUGGACCAGUAUUACCAGAUCCUGUCUUCAUGUCGGAUCCCCGGCCCAAAGAGAGACACGGUUGUAAAUCACGCCAUAGGGAAGACGCCACCCACUCACAUCACUGUGGUCCACAACUUCCAGUUCUUCGUCUUGGAUGUGUACAACAGUGAUGGUAGCGCACUGACAGUAGACCAGAUUUACAUGCAGCUGGAAAAGAUCUGGAACUCCUCCUUGCAGACGAACAAAGAGCCCAUCGGCAUCUUAACCUCCCAGCACCGUAACACCUGGGGAAAAGCUUAUAACAACCUCAUUAAAGAUAAGACAAAUAAGGAGUCAGUCCGCGCCAUCCAGAAGAGUAUUUUUACGGUUUGUUUGGAUGCGCCGAUGCCACGGGUGUCAGACGAGCUGUUCCUGAGCCGAGUGGCCGCCCAGAUGCUGCAUGGAGGUGGAGCGCGCUGGAACAGCGGCAACCGCUGGUUUGAUAAGACAUUGCAGUUCAUCGUCGGUGAAGACGGAACGUGUGGACUGGUGUACGAACAUGCACCCGCUGAGGGUCCACCCAUCGUCUUCCUCAUCGAUUAUGUUGUUAAAUACAUGCGUAAAACGGAACUAGUCCGCACCCCCAUGGUUCCCCUCCCCAUGCCUCAGAAGCUUCGCUUUAACAUUUCACCUGAGGUCAAGAGAGACAUCGAGAAGGCCAAACAAAACAUGAACAUAAUGGUCCAAGAUUUAGACGUGAAGGUGCUCAUGUUUUCACAUUUUGGAAAAAAUGUGCCGAAGCAACAUAAGCUGAGCCCAGAUGCCUUUGUACAAAUAGCUCUUCAGCUGGCUUACUUCAGGAUGUAUAACACCUACUGCUCCACCUAUGAAAGUGCAUCGUUGCGAAUGUUUAAAUACGGCCGGACCGACGCGAUCCGCUCCACUACUGUAGAUUCUUUGAAAUUUAUGGAGGCAAUGCAGGACCCUGCAAAAGAGACAUCAGAGAGGCUGGCGCUGCUGCGGAAGGCUCUUCAGACGCACAAGGAGAACACCUACAAUGCUAUUCACGGACAAGCCAUUGACAGACACCUCCUCGGGCUCAAGAUGCUGAGUAUUGAAGACUUGACCUCCAUGCCUGAGAUCUUCAUGGACACCUCCUUUGCUGUGGCUCAGCAUUACCAGCUCUCCACCAGCCAGGUUGGCUCCAAGACAGACUGCGUGAUGUGCUUCGGUCCAAUGGUGCCAGAUGGCUACGGCGUGUGUUACAAUCCCAUGGACGAGCACAUCAACAUCGCCAUCACGGCCUUCAACAGCUGCGAGGAGACGAACGCCGCCAAGUUUUCCCAGAUGGUGAAGGACGCUCUGUUGGACAUGGGGGCUCUUCUGGAAGACACGGCUACAGCCAAAGAGUAGUGAUCCCCACACAGCAGCUUGGCACUCGGUGUGAUUCCCACCAGGCUGCAUGGGAGCUGGAAACGGGCUGGUGCCGGAGUCACUGGCACCGGCGCGUGGUACUGUGUUGGCGCUGAGGGACUGUUAUCAGAGGGUUGUAGGAAGUAGAAUGUGUGAAAAUCAUUGCACUGCCAUUGUGUUAAAAAACAAUUAUCUCUGAGGGAAAUUUUAAUAUAUUGUUGUGUGUGUGAGAUCCUUUUAUGUGUGUAACUCUUCCCUUGUUUAUACCUAAGCAGGUCCUGGUGGAGUCUUCUGAAUGACAUUAUCCCCACUUUAAGGUUUUGGGCCUUGGCUUGUUCAGUAUUUAUUUCAUGUAAAAUAAUUUGCACGCACACCAGGUAUGUAAAUAAAGUGUUUCUACUCCUGA